GCUGCGCAUGUGUUUUGGGAUCAGUUGUUGGGAGCAGCAGACUUGUGUGAAUGUCUCUAGGGGGAGAGAUGAGUUUCAUUCUGGAGGGAGACGGGCAAGUGACUGGCUGCACGGACUACAGGCACCGGCAUUAGCUGCUCUUUCUCUGGGACAAGGACGCCUCUCCCUCACCGCACUGAGAGAAGUGCUGGGAAAGCAGAGGAAAGGUCCCGCAGAAGACAGCACAGAUGGCCAUGGAAGUGUCGCCUUUGGAUGGCCGUGGAAAUUACUUUAAGCUUAUUGAAACCCUCGUCUCAGAGAUCGGAGAACUGAAACAGGAGAUGGUACAAACUGAAUUCUGUGUCAGAGAUGAAGAGUCCACAGAUCGUUUAAGCAGAAAGGAAAUGGAGAGUAAUCACUCACCAGAAAAGAAAGAAGUGAAAUCCUUCCUUCGGGACUCUGGGUAUGAGAGCGUUUCCUUCAAACUCAGCAUCUUAGAUAAACUCCUUCAUACUCACCCUGUGUGGCUUCAGCUUGGCCUCAGUGAUGACAAGGUACCGGGCAUCCUGCUAGAGCAGCCUCCAGCGACUUUUCUUGUUAGAAAAUCCAACAAGCUUCAGAAGAAAGUGAUCUCUGUCCGUAUGCCAAACCAGUUUGCAUCCCAUUUUCAGGAAUUUGUAAUAAAAGAAAGUUCCUACACUUUUUCUCUUGAAGGCUCUGGAAUCAGCUUUGCAGAUAUAUUCAGGCUUAUUGCAUUUUACUGUAUCAGCAGGGAUGUCCUCCCUUUUACCUUGAAAUUGCCCCAUGCCAUAGCUACAGCCAAGACAGAAGCGGAACUCGAGGAGAUUGCCCAACUCGGAACUGAAUUCUGGAGCUCUCCUGCAAACUGCAAGCCCAGAUAUCCCCAUGCCGUGGCCUGGCCUCUCCCUUCAGACUGCCUCAACAAGGAGUCACCUCAGCUCCCUCGGCUAAAUGGAGUGCAUUCUCUCCGCACCAGAACGCCCUCAGAACUGGAAUGCAGCCAGACCAAAGGAGCUCUGUGUUUCAUUAAUCCACUCUUUUUAAAAGUGCACAGCGAGGAUGCAGGAGGAGGCUGGAAGAGGGAGAGCACAAGGACCCAAGAAACAAAUGGCACGGAGAGGGUGAAGUCAGCACCUCCUAGGCCCCCUCCCCCUUGCAUUACUAGUCAUCGCACAAAUCUCCAGCUGUCCAGAGCAGUGAAGCAAGAAUCCAGCAUGCCAGAAACAGUCUUCCAUAACAGGGAAGGGAAAGCAGAGGCUCCUAAUAAUAAAGCUACACCCAUACCUCCUCCCCGUCUGAAGAAGCAAGCUACUAUUAGCAGGUGGCAGGGUAAUGACAGUUCAUCGCCUUUCAGCGGAUCCUAUUGUAGUUCUUCUGUUGAGUCGCAGCCUGAGGAAUCUCCUCCGCAAAAGACAAUACAAAGCUUAACUAGAGCUCAGAACAGCGAUUCCCCUGCACGGACAACUCUGCUGACCCAGAGGCUUAGUGACAUGAGCAUCUCCACCUCUUCCUCCGAUUCUUUUGAGUAUGACCGCCCUGGGCAGGUUUUUUGCGAAGGGGACAGCCUAGAGGACUGCGAGGAGGAGAGUGACCAGGAGGGCAUGUCACCUCCAAUAAAGUCACGUAAAAAGAGGGGCACCUCUCUGGGUUUCUCCAAAAUAGUGAAGACCCACCUGCGUAAAGUUAGUGGUGUCUUUAGCUCCCUCAUAACUCCUGAAAAGAAAAUGGUAAAGAAGAUAGCAACCAUGUCCCGGGACAAGCGUACUUAUUUUGGAUGCCUUGUUCAGGAUUACAUCAGUUUUCUGCAGGAGAAUAAGGAAUGCCAUGUUUCUAGCACCGACAUGCUGCACACCAUCAGGCAAUUCAUGACCCAAGUGAAGAACUACUUGGCGCAGAGUUCUGAGCUGGAUCCUCCGAUCGAGUCCCUGAUUCCUGAAGAUCAGAUUGAUGUUGUGCUGGAGAAAGCUAUGCAUAAAUGCAUCUUAAAGCCCCUGAAGAGCCACAUUGAAAGCAUGCUAAAAGAAUUCCGUGUGGCCGAUGGCUCUUGGAGGCAGCUGAAAGAAAACUUGCAACUGGUGAGGCAGAGAAGCCCUCAGGAGCUCGGAGUGUUAACACCAACACCUGAAUCUAUGGACAUUGAGAAAAUGCGCAUCAAGUUCUUGAACAUGCAGAAAAUGUAUUCUCCAGAGCGGAAAGUCAUGCUGCUCCUCAGGGUGUGCAAACUCAUUUAUACAUGCAUGGAGAACAACUCAGGGAGAAUGUAUGGCGCUGAUGACUUUUUGCCAGUGCUGACCUAUGUGAUUGCUCAGUGUGACAUGCUGGAGAUAGACACUGAAAUCGAAUAUAUGAUGGAACUGCUGGAUCCAGCUCUUCUGCACGGAGAAGGAGGUUAUUACUUGACCAGUGCGUAUGGAGCACUUUCCCUGAUAAAGAAUUUCCAGGAAGAGCAAGCAGCACGGUUACUGAACUCAGAGACCAGAGACACCCUGAAGCAAUGGCACAAGAGGAGGACAACAAACAGAAGCAUUCCAUCUAUUGAUGAUUUCCAGGUACAGUCAUCGACAAUAUUACAGACCUCUGCGCAGGCACAUAGAUUCUAACUACUUGAGGGUUGCCCUGCAGGAAGCUGACUCUGGAUGCACAGGCAAGACAUUAAUAGUAAAGCCUUACACAACCACCGAGGACGUCUGCCACAUGUGUGCAAAGAGAUUUGGCAUACAAGACCCGGAAAACUACGGCCUCUUCCUUUAUAUCGACGACACUUGGCAGCAGCUGAGCGAGGACACGUACCCCCAGAAAAUCAAAGCGGAGCUGCACAGUCGACCGCAGCUCCAAGUUUUUCACUUUGUGUACAAACGCAUCCUAAGUGACUUUCAAGGUGUCAUCAGCUAUGAUGAGGAAGAUAUUGAUAUGCAGAUGUAGUAUUUCUGGCUGUAAAGUUUGUGCACGCUGCAUCUAGUUGGCCACUUGUACAAAGACUGUAGUGUCGGUAGCGCCGUGGUUAUCAGCAUUUUCUGUGCUCUUAUAAACUCACUCCAGUCACAAGUUGGAACCGACAUGUCUGAAGGCCCAGUAGGGUGGAAAUUGAACUUCUUGGACCAAACAUCUGGAAUGUUUUGAAGUUAUUUUAACUGCUCUUCAGGCCCUGUAGAAUUGUCAUGGAAGUCACUACUGAUGGGCCAGGUUACCAUCGUGGUUGUAAAACGUUGGUAUGGAGAAUGAAAAAAAAAAAAAAAACUUCCUAUGUGUCUUGUUGCCUAAACGGGUUGUUUUUCCAGGGAAAAAGCGUAGGGCAGGGGUAAAAAUAAAACUCCUACUUUAUUGCAUUUGUUGCCAGCAAUACCUGCCAUAAUUUGCUGCAAACCUGUUUAUAGACAGGGAUGCAUAGACCUUGACAGUGUUGCCAUUGUACAGUCAGUGGAGGCUUCACUGAAGUGUUUGUAUUAUACACACAGUUUGUAAAUGUUUUUUUUUUUUUUAUAAACAAACAAUUUUGUAAUUAGUUGUUUUUGUAGGUGUGUCAGGUUUGAUACUUUUAAAGAAGCUUUUAGUAUACAUGCCUUCUGCAAAGCCUAUUGGUCUACAAACAAUGUACAUAUCACCAGCUGUGCUGUUGAUUAUUACAGUUGCUUCUAGAUAUUAAAGGGGCAGAAUACCUUUAUUUUAUCGUUUCCCUAUGAAUUUGCUUGAUGGAAAUCUGACUGCACAUGUAUUAUCCAUUCUCUUUUCUUCCCUAAGCAUCUGUAAAUAAAUUACUUGGCCCUGCUUUCAGGUUUAAGAGGCCAGCUCGUGCAGAGCUCCUCCUAUGUUUAUAAUGCUAUUACAAGAAGAUAUUCCUUUGUACUAAGUGCAGUUCUGAAGGAAAAUAAAGUAUAGUUGCCGUUUCA